AUGCGUACACUACGAAGUCUGCAUAUGGCUUCAUUCGGCAACAAAGGAUCCGCGAGGAGCCUUCUUCUUCAUCGAGCCAACAAACUCAUGCAAGUUUUUGGAAAGCUUUGUGGUCCGUUGAAGCUCUACCUCGCUGUAAGGAGCUGGCGCGGAGAGUGGCUAGAAGGAUCAUUCCGGUGGUGGUUUGCUUCUCCCAUGAGUGUGCGCUUCCGUCAUGGCGUGGAGCCUAUGGAUUUUCUGCAGCAGUUUUUUGAGCACAAGGACGAUGAGUUGGGAGGGUUGUGCCUUACGUUUCUGUAUGUGUUGUGGGAGCUCCGUAAUGCUGUUAUCUACCAGCAGAAACAACCGGACUUUUCAGGUAUUAUGGCUCGGUUCCGCAGCCUUAUUUCACCAGUUGAGGAUAUGGCCUUGGAUCGGACACCGGUGGAACAGAGGAGUCUUGAUCGUGCUUCAUGGACCAGACCGCAUGGGGAUAUUAUCAAAAUCAAUUUUGAUGCUUCAUGGGUGCAACUAGCAGCGACGGGCCUUGGUUUUAUUGCUAGAAAUAACGCAGCAGAGGUUAUGGCAGCGACAGAUGCUCCCUCACCGGUUAUUGCAGAAGCUUUAGCUUUCCGGUGGUCGCUCUCUUUGGCAAAAGACUUGGGGUUCCGAGAGGUGUGCCUUGAAACAGACUGUCUUUAUCUCUUUGAGACAUGGCAGAAGUCUAAGCGUGGUGAUUCUUAUUUAUUUUCAAUUCUUAAUGACUGUAGAGACUUGGUCUCAUCCUUUUCGUAUUUUGUUUUGUCUUUUGUUCAUCGAACCGGCAAUUCUGUAGCCGAUCACUUGGCUAAGAACUCCUCAAAGUUUCAUAACUCUGUUUGGAUUGAGGAGGUGCCGCCGGAGUUGGAGUCUUUGAUUCAAGUUGAUGUACUAGCCUCUAUGGCCUUUUGA